GACUUUUGUUUCCCGACCACUCUCAUUUGAACACCGCGUUCCCCUCGAGAGUCGAGAAAUUACAUCUCGGUAGAAUCGACCAUCCUCCUACCAAAAGCAAUCAUGGCGGAUCAACUCAGCAGCGGCAUGGGCAACCUGUCCCUCGAUUCUGCUCCCCAGGCUACUCAGCUUGGUGGACAGCAGCAGCAGCCCGCUACUCGUUCUUACAUUCCUCCCCACAUGCGCAACAAGAUGGCCCAAAGUGGCAACAAUCCCUCGAUGAACGGCCCUGGUCCUCAGGGUUCUGUGGGCGGCCUCAACAACAGCGCGUGGGCCGGGAACAAUAACUACGACGCUCGCGGUGGUAACUGGGGCGGCUAUGAUUCUCAGCCUCAGUCUUGGGGCAGCCGCGGCGGCGGCGGCGGUUUCAACCGUCAUUCAUACCGCGGCCCUGGUGGCGGUGGUAUUGGUGGUGUUGGCCGCGGCGAGGGUCGCUGGGUUGACGGCAAGCAUGUUAUCGGUCCUGCCGACCCCCGUUUGGAGCGAGAACUCUUUGGCACCGCCGACGACCCGAGCAAGCAGCACACGGGCAUCAACUUCGAGAAGUACGACGAGAUUCCGGUCACUCCGUCUGGCCGUGACGUGCCGGAGCCUGUCCUGACUUUCAGCAACCCCCCCUUGGACCCCCACCUGCUCUCCAACAUCGAGCUCGCCCGCUACAAGAUUCCCACCCCGGUCCAGAAGUAUUCGAUCCCCAUCGUCAUCAACGGGCGUGACCUCAUGGCUUGUGCCCAGACUGGUUCCGGCAAGACGGGCGGCUUUUUGUUCCCCAUCAUGCAUCAGUCUUUCACUCAGGGCCCUUCACCCAUCCCCCCUCAGGCGGGUGGCGGCUACCGUCAGCGCAAGGCCUAUCCUACUACCCUCAUCCUGGCUCCCACCCGUGAGUUGGUUUCCCAGAUCUACGAGGAGGCCCGCAAGUUCGCCUACCGCUCUUGGGUUCGUCCUUGCGUCGUUUACGGUGGUGCCGACAUUGGCUCUCAACUCCGCCAGAUCGAGCGCGGUUGCGAUCUUCUUGUCGCUACUCCGGGUAGACUUGUUGACCUCAUUGAGCGUGGCCGCAUUUCGCUCGUCAACAUCAAGUACCUCGUACUUGACGAGGCCGAUCGCAUGCUCGAUAUGGGUUUCGAGCCCCAGAUUCGCCGCAUUGUCCAGGGCGAGGACAUGCCGCCCACCGGCCAGCGUCAGACGCUUAUGUUCUCGGCCACCUUCCCUCGCGAUAUCCAGAUGCUCGCUCAGGACUUCCUCAAUGACUACGUCUUCCUGUCGGUCGGCCGUGUUGGUUCGACCUCAGAGAACAUCACUCAGAAGAUUGAAUACGUCGAGGAUGUCGAUAAGCGCUCUGUUCUUCUCGAUAUCCUCCACACCCACGCGGGCGGUCUGACCCUGAUUUUCGUCGAAACCAAGCGCAUGGCCGAUUCGCUGUCGGACUUCUUGAUCAACCAAAACUUCCCCGCCACGUCGAUUCACGGCGACCGCACCCAGCGUGAGCGUGAGCGUGCCCUGGAGCUCUUCCGCAAUGGCAAGUGCCCCAUCUUGGUCGCCACCGCCGUCGCUGCCCGUGGCUUGGAUAUUCCCAACGUCACUCACGUCAUCAAUUAUGAUCUUCCUACCGACGUUGACGACUACGUCCACCGUAUCGGUCGUACCGGCCGUGCCGGUAACACGGGUAUUGCCACUGCCUUCUUCAACCGGGGCAACCGCGGCAUUGUCCGGGAGUUGAUUGAUCUGCUCAAGGAGGCUAACCAGGAGGUCCCUGCUUUCCUUGAGACCAUCGCUCGCGAGUCGUCCUUUGGUGGCGGCGGUCGUGGUCGCUCUGGCGGCGGUCGCGGUCGCGGUCGUGGUGGUAACACCGACUUCCGCAAGUAUGGUGGUGGCGGCGGCGGCUUCGGCGGCGGCUUCGGUUCUCAGCACGGUUCCGGCGGCGGCUUUGGCGGCGGCGGCUACGGCGGCCCUCCCAACGGCGGCUAUGGCGGUUACGGAGGCUAUGGUGGUGGCUACGGCAACCCUGGUGGUGCCGGCGGUCAGUUGUGGUGGUAAACCAGGACGGCCUUGUGACACCAUGCGACUCCCCGGCGGACCGAAUUUUCCUUUCCCUACUUUGUGUUGCGUCGUUUUACGCAUACGCCGCGCAUUGCUUUCGGUUUCACGUUCGGAACUAUCGGAAUUUCUAAUGCGGCGAACGUGGCUUAUCAUUUCA